AUGGCCCUUCUACCUCUUCUAUGCGGGAUCUCUGCUCCAGUCCUUGGUCCCCAGCGGUGUUCUCUUCAGCAUCUGGGCCAUGGACAUGACGGACGAGCACGACCGGACGACCUUCUUCGGCAUUAUCACAGCUGUAACCAUCCUGGAGAGCGCUGUGGCGCCAGCGGUAGGGGAGGUCGUGACAAACCCGUCUGCACUCCUGAUCCUGAUGGUGCUGUUCAAGUUGGGCGCUGUGUUGGUAGCCAUCUUCCUCCUCCCUGA